AUGUUGAUGCACUUCAUAGGUUACUCGGACGCUGCCAAGGAUCCUGAAAUGCAGGAAAUAUAUAGUAAUGCUUCGAGUUUAAACGCUCCACUAAAAAAAUCAAAGGCUCUGAACCAAAACAUGGCUGUUUCGAGACCCAAGAAGCGCAAAAAUUCAACCUUUUUACAAUCACCAUGGCAUAAAGUCUAUCUACAACCUUCAAAGAUAUGUCAUAGCUUCAGUGUGUCAGAACAAGAAUGGGCCCUUGCAACGAAUACACUAUGUGAGAAGAUGGAUCCAAAUGAGGUGGUCUCUCCUUCAAAGAAGAGGCUUGUUUUAUCCACAAAUCUUAUGCAACAACUUCUCCGACCAGCACCAACGUUUGUUUUCUCAGACAUCAACGCACCUUUCAACUACGAGACCAUGCUUUACUUUGAGUCUAGAAUCACCCUCGCUGAUGCAUGUUCUCUCACAAAUUUCUUAAUUAUAUUUAUUCUCACUUUCUUAAAGAAGAGUUUAUGGUCCAGUGGUCAAACUUCGAAUACGUCUAGUGAUCAAGAAAACGGUUAUUAUACAUUAGUCAAAGCUUUUAUGGAAAAACUGCACAAGCUUGAAAAUGACUUCCAAAGCUUGGAGACUACUACCACAUCGAUAUUAGACAUCUUCUUAGAAAUCGAAGACACUGAAAAAUUCUCUAUGCUAAACCGUCUCGCCAAGUUUCAUAGCCGCACAAAGACAAUUAAAAGAUCAGUUCCUCAGAGAUACGUUGAUCUACAAAAGCCAGCUGGGAAACUACCUGAGCGACUACACUGUCUUCCUCUGUGA